UGUGAAUUUCGUUUUACUCUCUCCUCACUCGCCUUGUAUUACUUGUCUACUUUGGAAUUAGUUUUUUAACUAAAAUAAGAAGAGUUAAUUCACCUUACUAUAUAACAUCAAGAUAGCUGCAAAGGACUCCAAAGAUGCACGAGUCUUCAAGUAAAUCGAAGACCAUAAUAAUCGAAGAAGAUGACCUUCCUUAUGAAGAGGAGAUUAUUCGUAACCCAUAUUCUGUCAAAUGUUGGAUGCGAUAUAUUGAACACAAGUCGAAAGCUGGAAGUAAGACUGCUAAUAAUAUGGUGUAUGAGAGAGCACUCAAAGAGCUUCCUGGAAGUUACAAACUCUGGUAUAAUUACUUGAAGCUCAGAAGAAAACAAGUCAAGGGAAAACCAUUGACUGAUCCAGCAUAUGAGGAUGUCAACAAUGCUUUUGAGAGAUCACUCGUUUUUAUGCACAAGAUGCCUCGGAUCUGGCUUGAUUAUUGUCAGUUUCUGGUUGAUCAAUGCAAGAUCACAAAGACAAGAAGAGUGUUUGACAGAGCAUUACGAGCACUUCCAAUCACCCAGCACUAUAGAAUUUGGCCUUUAUACCUCAAGUUUGUGCGUAAACACCCAAUACAUGAGACAGCAGUCAGAGUAUACAGGAGAUACCUAAAGCUUCAACCUGAGAACACAGAAGAAUAUGUGAAAUAUCUUGUGGAUGUUGGAUGGAUAGAUGAAGCAGCCACUAGGCUGGCUACAAUAGUUAACAAGGAAAACUUUGUGUCUAAAGAAGGGAAGUCUAAUCAUCAGUUAUGGCAUGAUCUAUGUGAGCUGAUUUCUAAAAACCCAACCAAAAUCAAAAGUCUCAAGGUUGCAGACAUCAUCAGAGGAGGGCUGCACAAAUUCACUGACAGUCUUGGACAGUUGUGGUGUUUACUUGCUGAUUUCUACAUUCGAAGUGGACAUUUUGAAAAGGCAAGGGAUGUUUAUGAAGAGGCAAUACAGACUGUUAUGACUGUAAGAGAUUUUGGACAGGUAUUUGAUGCUUAUGCUCAGUUUGAAGAGAGUAUGAUCAAUGCCAAGAUGGAAACCACUGCAGAGAUGGGUGCAACAGAAGAAGAGGAUAUUGAUUUAGAACUCAGGCUGGCCAGGUUUGAAAAUCUCAUGGAUAGACGUCCAUUGCUUCUGAGUAGUGUCCUCUUGCGUCAGAAUCCACACAAUGUCCAUGAAUGGCACAAGAGAGUCAAACUUUAUGAAGGCAAACCAAAAGAAAUCAUAAACACCUUUACAGAAGCAGUACAGACUGUGGACCCUAAAUUAGCAACUGGUAAACUGCAUACAAUAUGGAUAGAAUUUGCCAAGUUCUAUGAGAAACACAACCAGAUAAAUGAAGCAAGAGUGAUCUUUGACAAGGCAACUAAAGUCAACUACCGUCAUGUUGAUGACUUAGCCAGUGUAUGGUGUGAAUAUGCUGAGAUGGAGAUAAGACAUGAAAACUACCAGCGUGCUUUGGAGCUGAUGAGGAAAGGAACUUCGGUUCCAUCGACAAAGACAGACUACUAUGAUCAGGGGGAAACUGUGCAGAAACGUGUCCAUAAAUCCCUCAAAUUGUGGUCUAUGUAUGCUGAUCUAGAGGAAAGCCUUGGUACCUUUCAGUCUACCAAGGCUGUUUAUAGCCGUAUUUUAGAUUUGAGAAUAGCUAAUCCACAAAUUAUAAUAAACUACGCCUUAUUCUUGGAAGAACAUCGCUACUUUGAAGAAAGUUUUAAGGUUUUUGAACGAGGUGUGGCUAUGUUCAAGUGGCCAAAUGUGUUUGACAUUUGGAAUACGUACCUGAGCAAGUUCAUUAGACGAUAUGGUGGUAGCAAGAUUGAAAGAGCAAGAGAUUUAUUUGAGCAGGUUCUUGAUGGAUGCCCAGCAAAAUACGCCAAAACAUUUUAUUUAAUGUAUGCUAAGCUUGAAGAGGACCAUGGUCUAGCACGUCAUGCUAUGGCUAUUUACGACCGAGCAACCAAGGCUGUGCUUCCUGAAGAACAGUUUGAGAUGUUCAACCUGUACAUCAAAAGAGCAGCAGAGAUCUUUGGUGUGACACACACAAGAGAAAUCUUCGAACAAGCAAUCGAAUUGUUGCAGGAUGACCAAGCUAGACAAAUGUGCAUACGUUUUGCUGAACUGGAAAGGAAGCUGGGUGAAAUUGACCGUGCACGUGCUAUAUACAUGCAUGCAUCACAGAUGUCAGACCCAAGGAGAACUUCGGAAUUUUGGAAGGUCUGGAACGAGUUCGAAGUUCGCCAUGGAAACGAGGAUACUUUCCGCGAGAUGUUGCGAAUCAAAAGAAGCGUACAGGCCCAGUUCAAUACACAGGUUAAUUUCAUGUCUGCCCAGAUGUUGGCAGCAGCUGUUGGCAAAGGCGCAGGCGCUGACGAAGGAGAUGAAACGACAGACGAAAUGAGACGACUUGAGCAGCAGGUUUUAGCCGUGGCAGAGCAAGCGAAAAAGGAAGCUUUGCAACCCAAAGAAAAAGUGCUUUUUGUAAGGGGAGAAACCACAGGAGAUGACAACGAAUUAGCUGCGUCGAAAACUACUAAUCCAGAAGAGAUAGAUAUUGAUGAUGAUGACGAUGAUGAGGAGGAUGAUAGUGAAAAUCAAACGAAAGAAAUUCAAAUUGAAAAACAAGCUGUACCAAGCGAGGUUUUUGGUGGUUUGACGAAAGAGGAUGAUUGAUGGGUGAUAAAAAUAAUUCUCCGUUAUUCAUGUGACUUUUAUCUGGUAAAUCGAGCAAGUGUAGUCGUGUAAUAAAACACAACAGUUGAUUGUAUUGAUCCUAUAAUUAUAAUACUAUAAGAGUAAAUGGU